CAGUUGCCAACUGAAGAUGAAGUGGACGGCAAUAUUUAUCCUCAGCUGCUCCUUGGCUGAGACUACAUUUGGCUUGACGUAUCACUUCUCAAAGGUCCCAAUGAACUGGACCGAGUCCAGAAAGUGGUGCCGGGACAACUUCACAGACCUGGUGGUGAUCCAAAACCAGACAGAGAAUGAUUAUUUGGUCUCCCUCCUACCAGACAGGAAUACGAGCCCAUAUUACUGGAUUGGAAUCACCAAAAAGCGACUGAAUGACACUUGGAAAUGGAUUGGGAAUAACAGUACAUGGAUGGGUAAGCACUCAUGGGCUGCAAAUGAGCCCAACAACAACUACGAGAACGAGUUUUGUGUGGAGCUCUACGUCAACAAUGGCCCCAACCGAGGGAAAUGGAAUGAUGAGAAAUGUGAACACAAAAAAUAUGCAGUCUGUUAUGAAGCCCAAUGUAAUGGAAACUCAUGUGAAAACGGAAAGUGCGUGGAGACCAUUAACCAUACAAUCUGCAACUGUGAUCCUGGCUUUCAGGGAGGCAGGUGUGAAACAGCUGUAAAAUGCCCUCCUCUAUCUCAACCUGAUAAUGGAAACUUUAGCUGCUCAGAAGGAAGUCUGAGAUUCAACACAACCUGCCAGUUCAAAUGCUCCCCUGGCUUCUUUGUGAAUGGCUCAUCAGAUACGACCUGUAAUGCUACUGGGUUCUGGAGUAGCCAAAUAUCUGUUUGUGUGCCUCUGAAAUGCCCCCCUCUCUCUCAGCCUGAUUACGGACACCUUAACUGCUCAGAAGGAGGCCAGACUUUCAACACAACCUGCCAGUUCAAAUGCCCCCUGGGCUUCUUCAUGAUUGGCUCGUCAGAUGUGAGCUGCACGGCUGCAGGGCAGUGGAGUGGCCCGAGACCUGUUUGCUUGGGCUAUAAAAGGGCACUGAUGGCUGUAGCUGGAUGUGGAACCUUGUCUUCCUUCCUCUGCAUCUGUUUCUGCUGGAUGAAACGCAGAAAAAGAAAGAAAGUUGCCCAAGAAAGACAACCUGAAGAUCCAGCAGCUCCACCCAGUGAUCUAGAUGGAUAAGAGACGACUGGAACCCCACUUAUGUCAAAUAAAAAAUAUCUACAAUAAUAUAAACUCUGCAUAUAUUCAAACUUUUUUAAAUGAAUUAGCAAAUCUAACCACAAACUGCGGUUUUAUUGAACAUCUAUCAUUAAGCUUAGUCUGAUUUGCAUCAUGAUAAAGGGUACAGUUGAUAUGAUUCAUGGACACACAUCAUCUGUGUGUGCAUAAUGUUUUUGUCAUGAACGUGUGUAUUUUACUCAACCACUGGUGUUCAUGCAGAAUCUUUUCAAAAUAAAUAUGAUUGAAUUUGAAUCAUUUAUUAACGUAUUCAUGAGGAUGUGUGUGCGAUUGCGUG